GCUUUGACACUCCUUUCAGUCGUCAGCUAUCACUCUCUCUUUCUCUCGCAUCAAAAGCCAUGGCCACCGCCAGAGUGCUAACCGUCGCCAAUACGUCCUGCUUGCUCUCCAAGACGACGUCGUUCCUUGCCAAGCAGGGGCCGUACAGCACCAGCCUCUGCUUUACCAGAAGAAGAGCAGCGUCGUCGUUGUCUUCGUCGUGCCGGAGGUCCUUCGCUUGCACAGCUAUCUACAACCCCGAGGUUCAGAUCAAGGAGGAAGGGCAGCCCGAAACCCUAGACUACCGAGUCUUCUUCGUCGACCGUGUUGGUCAAAAGGUUUCACCUUGGCAUGAUAUACCUUUGCAAGUGGGUAAUGGUGUAUUCAACUUUGUGGUUGAAAUACCCAAAGAAUCGAGUGCAAAGAUGGAGAUUGCUACUGAUGAGCCACACACUCCGAUAAAGCAGGAUACAAAGAAAGGAAAACUUCGUUACUAUCCCUACAAUAUUAAUUGGAAUUAUGGAUUGCUUCCACAAACAUGGGAAGACCCAUCCCUUGCUAAUAGUGAAGUUGAAGGAGCAUUUGGGGAUAAUGAUCCAGUUGAUGUUGUCGAGAUAGGCGAAAGUCGGAGAAAGAUUGGCGAGGUUCUCAAAGUAAAGCCCUUGGCUGCAUUAGCUAUGAUUGAUGAAGGGGAACUUGACUGGAAAAUUGUUGCAAUUUCAUUGGAUGAUCCCAAAGCUUCUCUUGUCAAUGACAUUGAUGAUGUUGAGAAGCAUUUUCCGGGGACUCUCACUGCAAUAAGGGACUGGUUUAGAGACUACAAGAUCCCUGAUGGAAAGCCUGCUAACAAGUUUGGUCUUGGCAACAAAGCUGCAAACAAGGAUUUUGCGCUUAAGGUCAUAACCGAAACCAAUGAAUCAUGGGCUAAGCUUGUCAAGAGAUCAAUUCCUGCUGGAGAUCUGUCACUUGCAUAGAUGGCUGCUAGAAGUGGAACUCCAGGCAUUUAUUAUUUUGUACUUUUGGCGGUUCAUUAGAAAUUUUUCUGUUUGACAAACCAGUCGUGUUAUUUAAUGAGUGUUACAUGAAUACCAUUUUUUUCACCAUCAAACUGGAAUAAAACCCUAGUCUUCUGUAGUAUUUUGUAGCAUGAGUAAAAUAACAACUCGGUCUCCUUAUUGGACAGUUGAAUAUAUUUCAUUAGCUGAUAACUACGCUACUGCUGCAUAUAUGGGGUGUGAUUUCACCAAAAGUACAUUUCGAAUCA